CGGAGCCGGGAGCUAAGAUGGCGGCCGCCGACGGAGAUGACUCGCUUUACCCUAUCGCCGUGCUCAUUGACGAGUUGCGGAACGAGGACGUCCAGCUUCGUCUGAACAGCAUCAAGAAACUAUCCACUAUUGCACUGGCCCUGGGGGUUGAGAGGACGCGCAGUGAGCUGUUACCUUUCCUCACAGACACCAUCUACGAUGAGGAUGAAGUGCUUCUUGCUUUGGCAGAACAGCUGGGAACCUUCACCGCUUUGGUUGGGGGUCCUGAAUAUGUCCACUGCUUGCUGCCCCCCCUCGAGAGCCUUGCCACGGUUGAAGAAACGGUCGUGCGGGACAAGGCAGUGGAGUCCUUGCGAGCGACCUCGCACGAGCACUCUCCCUCUGACCUCGAGGCCCACUUCGUCCCCUUGGUGAAGCGCCUAGCUGGAGGUGACUGGUUCACCUCCCGCACCUCAGCCUGUGGCCUCUUCAGCGUCUGUUACCCCCGAGUUUCCAGUUCAGUCAAAGCUGAGCUCCGACAGUAUUUCCGGAACUUGUGUUCAGAUGAUACCCCCAUGGUGAGGCGAGCGGCAGCCUCCAAGCUGGGUGAAUUUGCUAAGGUCUUGGAGCUGGAGCAUGUCAAGAGUGAGAUCAUCCCCAUGUUUUCCAACUUGGCCUCUGAUGAGCAGGACUCUGUGCGCUUGCUGGCUGUGGAGGCCUGUGUUAAUAUUGCUCAGCUUCUGCCCCAAGAGGACCUGGAGUCCUUGGUGAUGCCCACGCUACGGCAAGCAGCGGAGGACAAAUCUUGGCGGGUCCGUUACAUGGUGGCUGACAAAUUCACAGAGCUUCAGAAAGCAGUUGGACCAGAAAUCACGAAGACUGACUUAGUCCCGGCCUUCCAGAACCUCAUGAAGGACUGUGAAGCUGAAGUCCGUGCUGCUGCCUCCCAUAAGGUCAAAGAGUUCUGUGAGAACUUGUCUCCAGACUGCCGCGAGAAUGUCAUCAUGACCCAGAUCCUGCCCUGCAUCAAGGAGCUGGUGUCGGAUGCCAAUCAGCAUGUCAAGUCCGCUUUGGCAUCUGUAAUCAUGGGACUGUCGCCCAUUUUGGGCAAGGACAACACGAUUGAGCACCUUCUGCCCCUCUUCCUGGCUCAGCUCAAAGAUGAGUGCCCCGAAGUCCGGCUCAACAUCAUCUCUAACCUGGACUGCGUGAAUGAAGUAAUCGGCAUCCGGCAGCUUUCCCAGUCCCUGCUGCCAGCCAUCGUGGAGUUGGCAGAAGACGCCAAGUGGCGGGUGCGGCUAGCCAUCAUCGAGUACAUGCCCCUGUUGGCUGGGCAGCUGGGUGUGGAAUUCUUCGAUGAAAAGCUGAACUCCCUUUGCAUGGCAUGGCUGGUGGAUCAUGUCUAUGCCAUCCGAGAGGCAGCAACCAGCAACCUCAAGAAGCUCGUGGAGAAGUUCGGCAAGGAUUGGGCCCACGCCACCAUCAUCCCCAAGGUGCUGGCCAUGUCCAAUGACCCCAACUACCUGCACCGCAUGACCACCCUCUUCUGCAUCAACGUGCUGUCAGAAGUGUGUGGGCAGGAGAUCACAACCAAGCACAUGCUUCCCACUGUGCUGCGGAUGGCGGGCGACGCCGUAGCCAACGUCCGUUUCAACGUGGCCAAGUCCCUGCAGAAAAUAGGACCAAUCUUGGACAACAGCACCCUUCAGAAUGAGGUGAAGCCCGUGCUGGAGAAACUAACACAGGACCCCGAUGUGGAUGUCAAAUAUUUUGCCCAGGAGGCGCUGUCUGUGCUGUCACUGGCUUGAGCUCUGGGACCUGCUGUCGCUGGCUCUUCAACUCGGACACCGUUGGACCGAUCUUUCUCCCCCCUCUCCCCUUUUCCUUGCAUGUGUAUGACCAAGUCUCCUCUCCCAUCCCCAACGAGAUCUGCAUGGUGGUCUUGUCCAGCCACCACCACUGGAGUCCAUCUCCUCCUUUUGCUCUUAGCUCCCUCUUCUCAAAACUUCCUGGGCAGCUGAUAUAAUCUCUACCCUGUUCCUCAACUAGACAGGUUCAUUUUCUUUUUUGUUUCCUCAUAAGGGGCGGGGGCAGCAAAUGACACCCCUUUCUAAUCCCUGAUGGGGCUUGCAAGAGAGGAGAAUGGCCCCGAAAACUGCACUCGGCAUGAUUAAAUAUGAGCUCCUCUUUACGGGAUGGGGACAAGGCCUGUCUCUUGGGCCUCUUUAACUUUUCGGCCACUUAAUUUUUGGGCCAGUUUGCAUGAGACGUCACAACGGUGCAGCUUGUAGCAGUGUGUGAGGUAUCGAUCCAGGCCUCUUUCUUGAUGAUCUGUGUUCGGAUCGCAAGCUGACUGGUUCUGUAUCUCCCUCCCAAACCUCCAUUUCUCCAUUCAGUGUUUCAACACAAGCUAAUCGGAGAGAACGUAGAAAAGGAGCCAGUAGCGUUGAGUUAACUUUUGUUAGGUUAAAUACCUGUGCUUGAAAUCUCAGCAGACACCCUCCCCGCAGUCCCUGAGAGGUUAAUCAAGGGUGGAAAGGGGCUGAUUAAAAACCCUUUAGUUAAUUUCAGCUCUGUUGACUAUACUCCUUAGCGUCACGCUCCCCCCCCCAUGCAUCUCACAAUGUGAAGCCUUGUGUUCCCCUUUCCGUCCCCCAGCAUUCGCAGCCCCUCCUCUUUGAAAAGAAAGGUUUGAAAUCCGUGCCUGCAGUCAGCAAAGGAAACCUGACCUUGGGUAGAGGGCAUAAGAUGGCAUCACCAGUCACCGAGAACGUGGGGGAGGAUUCAAGAGGGGCCCUGUGGGUGAUCCUCUGGCUGUGUAACCCAGCAAGAACUACCCGUUUCUAUCAUGUGACUGUAAACAAGGAAUUCGACUAGUCUCCUCCUCCCUGCCUUUCCCUUUUUUCCCCCCAGUCCUCUCUCGACUCCCUCCAUUUAAGUUUCCUGCUGCUUCCCCUGUGGUUCUCACACUAGACAAGAAGGUGUGCUGUAACCACACCUCCUGACUCACACCAUCCCAUUUGCCCUCUGUUAGUGGCAUGUCAUUUUAGAUUUGUUGGAAUUUUUUUUUGUGUACACUUGUUUUUUUGUUUUCCUCUCUACGAUUAAUAAAAAUGCUCGAUCGUUA